AUUUCGUCUUAAAAUUCAAUAUAAUAAUAAUCUUCUACCAGAAACAAAUACAUUUCAAAUUUCACGAAAAGAAAAUUUUGCAAUAGGAAUUUUAAGCGCGCACGUAACUAAGCGUGCUCUUCUAAUCAUAUAACAUAAAAAUCUGGGUAGCGAUUGUUGCGGUAAAACGGAAAAUUGAACUCUUGAAAUGGCUACGGAAUCAUCAGUUACUUUAGUAAAUCAUGAUAUCUCCGUUGUAGAUUAUUCAAAAAUUCGUACUAAUGAAUCAUCGGCAAGCGAUUUGGAUAGUCCGGUGCACUCUUGCAAUGAAAUUGUAUCCGGUGCACGUAGCGAUGAAGAUGACGAUAUUUUCGAUGAAGUUAAAAUGAUUUUAAGGAAACGACGUGCUUGGGAUCAUGCCGAUGCAUUAAGUGCUAAUGAUUUAGAUUUGCUAGGAGAUGAUGAUGUUUUGGCAGAGGAUGAAGAUGAGGCUGGAUGCCCUUUACCAUCGACACCGGAAGACACUCAACUAAUUGAAGCCGAGAUGACAGAAGUUCUAAAGGCUGGUGUCCUUUCCGAUGAAAUUGACUUAGGAGCUUUGGCUCACAAUGCUGCCGAACAAGCCGAGGAAUUUGUACGCAAGGUUUGGGAGGCGAGUUGGAAGGUUUGUCAUUACAAAAAUUUACCUAAAUGGCUGCAGGAUAAUGAUUUUCUUCAUCGUGGCCAUCGUCCACCAUUGCCUUCGUUUACCGCCUGUUUUAAAUCGAUUUUCCGUUUACACACGGAAACUGGAAAUAUAUGGACGCAUUUAUUGGGCUGCGUAGCCUUUAUAGGUGUGGCUGCAUAUUUUUUAUCACGACCCUCAGUAGAAGUACAAGUUCAGGAAAAAAUUAUAUUUGGUGCCUUCUUUGCUGGGGCCAUUAUUUGUUUGGGUUUUUCAUUCGCUUUUCAUACGGUCAGUUGUCAUUCAGUGGAGAUUGGAAGACUGUUUUCUAAAUUAGAUUAUUGCGGUAUCGCUUUACUUAUAAUGGGUUCCUUUGUUCCAUGGCUUUACUAUGGAUUCUAUUGUCAUUAUCAGCCUAAAGUCAUAUAUUUAUCGGUAGUUUCCGUAUUGGGUUGUUUAUCCAUCAUUGUUUCAUUAUGGGAUAAGUUUUCGGAGCCAACUUUACGUCCUUUAAGAGCUGGGGUUUUCAUGAGUUUCGGCCUCUCCGGUGUUAUACCAGCAAUUCAUUACGGCUAUAUGGAAGGAUGGUUCAGUCAGAUAAGUCAGACAAGCCUGGGAUGGCUAGCUUUAAUGGGCCUUUUAUACAUAUCGGGAGCUUUACUAUAUGCUUUGCGAGUCCCAGAAAGAUGGUUCCCUGGAAAAUUUGAUAUAUGGUUUCAAUCGCAUCAAUUAUUUCAUAUAUUAGUGAUUGCUGCUGCCUUCGUACACUAUCACGGCAUAUCGGAAAUGGCUAUGUAUCGCGUUACUGUGGGUGAGUGCAGAGUACCCCACGAACCCAUUACUUUCUAAACGAAACUCUUGGCAGUCUACAAAUGAUUUUUUAUUUUUUAAUACCACUUUGCUUAAAAAAAA